AUGGGCAGUCAUGGUGUGUCAGCUGUUAAUCAUUCUCCUCUUCAACAAAAUUCUGGCUUAUUUUUGGGAGCACUUGAGUUUUCGCUCAUCACUUGUUUCGGAAACCAAACCGCUGGUGAACUGAAGGACCUUCCUAUUUACGCUUAG